AUGUCCGCUCUAUCUAGCGCUUAUCCAGCGCGCUGUUCUCACGCUCUAGGAUCCACCCGAAACAUUGGAAUCCAUCCAUUGUCCAUCCUACCUCAUUGCGACAUUUCACAAGAAGAUUUUUUCUACUCAGUAAUAGAAACCACCAACAAAGAAGUCGACCGCGCUGCAUUUGACUCACGAUCUCGCUCAUCUUCAGAAGCUACUGUUAUCCACCAUCUUACUCCCAACUCACCAGAUCCCGAAGAAGAGGAAGAACCCCUUGGACAAUUAACAUCACAUUACCUUCCGCUCCCUCAAGUUCCGUUCGUUACUGUAGACACUCCCUCCACUGCAUCAUCACUUACCCCUUCUACUCUGUCUUGUGACGAGUCACCUGAAAGGCAGAACCUUUUCGUACCCGCCUCUUUCAUACCUAGUUCUAUCCUGUCUCCGCAAAAGCGACUAAGCACUCUCCCUCCAUCCGUACCUGACCCCGCAAUCCAUACCACAUCUUCCUCGACAGCAUCAUUUACUACCGCCCUUCCUCCAGUCGUACAACCUGCUCAACCCACUCAACCUGUCCAACCCACCAUCAUGUCUUCCGCACCAUUCAAAAUGCCUCUUAGAGGAACCAAUGCUGCGCCAAAGUUCAAUGGCACACCAACGCGCCUCAUACCAUUCUUUGAGGAUGUGGAACUACUUGCUGACUAUGCAGGACUUACCGCUGAGCAGCACAUCAAGGCUGCGAUCCGAUACACGCCCAUAGACGAAUCGGAAAUGUCCUCAGUCAAAGGCCCCACUCGCCUCUACAUCCAAACUGCAGCCCAGGGCGACAAGGAAUCUGAGGACACCAUGGAUGAUAAGGAUGUCGCUGUUGAGGCUGAUGAAGACAUUGCCAUGUCUCAUGUGGCUAAUACUGAGCAGCAGACUGAUGUCACUGCGGUGAUGCCAAGUGAGACCAUUGAUUGGCCGGCAGCCAUGGCAUCGGUGAAAGACUUUCCUGCUGAGCAUUGGCAGGAGGUCACCAAUGAAACCCCCAUCCUACCACCACCACCACCACCACCACCUGCUCCUGCGGCCACACCCACCACCUCAUUGGCCAAACCAACUAUCCAUGAUUGUGUGGUCUCUCUGGCAGCUAGAGUCGCUGCCAUGGAAAUGGCCGACCACAACACCCUUGCUAGGGUGGAUGCGAUGGAGCACGACUUUGACUCCUACAUCUCCUCUAUGCGGCGCAAGUGUAGUAUUCGACCCAAGAGGACUGCUAUUGAAGCAACUCCCUACUAA